CCGUCUUGGGCGAGGUCUUAAAAAAGCUGCUCGUCGAUAAAGAACAACAAUUGCCGACUAUACGGAACGUUGAUUGUCUAUUCUGUCAGUUCUUAGUAAAAAUUCUGUACAGAUAUCUUUUUUUCCCGUCUCAUUCGCCUUACUGGACGUGUUGCAGUAACAAAACGUAAACUGCUCUUCUGUUCUUAAAGAAAAAAAUCGCAUAACACAGCCGAAUUGUGAGGUUGUUGAGGAACGCGUUAAAUUACAAAAAUGAUAACGGUACUACAGCCGAUUCAGACGUAUCAACCAAGUGAGGAUGUCGUAGAGGAAACCGAGGAUACUACCUUUGAUUUGCUCAAGGAAGAGGAAGAAGAUGAAGACGAAAUGGAUCUGGAUGUUGGUGACGAGGUUCGUCACCUUCGUAAUGUUGUCACUCCGGGUCAAUUGAUUACAGAGGACCCACAGUUUAUGAGGGGUCAUGGAACAUACGCAGAUGGUGCUAGGAUUUGUGCGUCUGUGGCCGGCAUUGUUCAACGUGUGAACAAGCUCAUUUCUGUUAAGCCUUUUAAAUCCAGAUAUGUUCCUGAAAUUGGCGACCUGGUAGUCGGACGGAUUACUGAAGUGCAGCCGAAACGUUGGAAGGUGGACAUUGGUGUGAAGCUUGAUGCAAUUCUCAUGCUUUCCUCUAUUAAUCUCCCUGGAGGUGUCCAACGGAGAAAGUCGGAAACCGACGAGUUGCAGAUGCGUACCUUCUUUCAAGAAAAUGACCUUCUCGUUGCUGAAGUUCAGCAAUAUUUCAGCGACGGUUCGGUUUCUAUUCACACACGUUCAUUGAAGUAUGGAAAGCUACGAAACGGUGUGUUUCUAAAAGUGCCGCCUGUGUUGAUUGUACGUUCAAAGGUGCAUUCAUACUCGUUUCCAGGCGGAGUGGAUGUCAUUCUGAGUGUGAACGGUUAUGUUUGGAUUUCCAAACAUAUGGAAACCCAGAAGUCGUCUGUAAGUAUUACACGAUUGGAAGAAGAGGCAUCCUUUGCUAUCUACUCUAACGAAAACGAUGAAAUCGAGCCACAUACCCGGUUAGCCAUAUCCCGCAUGUAUAUAUGCAUCCAAGCGCUCGCUGCUCGUGAGCUUCCUCUUACGGAGGCUACUAUUUUGAGUAUUUACGAGCUGUCGCUGCAGUAUACUGAUCUUCAGCAGCUCACAAACCCGGAAGUACUAGACCGUCUUGCAGUCGAAGUUAUGCAUCAGUAAAGUCUUUUGUAAAUAAAAUGGGUUUCGGUUUAA